CUAGGAGUUAGAAAACUUAAACGACUUGGACGACUUGGACCAACAUGUCAGAUUCAGCUCAACGAACCUUUUCAAUCUUGUACUUUCUGUACCACUUCAUUGGCACUACUUUCGCCCAGUAUAAUAUGGCAGGAGUAAAUCUCAUUGAUCAAGACGGCUUACGAGUAUUAAACUUUGGUCCAGUCAUCAAUGACAAAGCAAUAGAAAACAGUAUUUUCGUUGCGUAUGAGGGCAAGACUCGCAAGCAGUGUCUCUGGGCAUGUAGUUCCUCGCCUGGUUGUGUUGCAUACAACUAUGGCAGUAACGAAGGUAUCUGUCAGUUGUCCAAUGAUACCUCGCCAUGCGCGUUGGUCAAAAAGCCAGGUUUCAUCCAUCAAGGAGUUUCCAAUUUUAGAGAAUGUUACAAAGUAUCCGGUAUCGAUAUUUCGGUGACCUCUGAUAAAGUGGGAAAGUUCGUGGUAAACGGAAAGGUCUUUGAUCUUAAGGACCACGGAUAUAAUUUCCUCACAGUUCAUAAGAACGGGACCAUCAACGGAGAAGUUAAGGUUUUCGAUAUUCAUUCUAUCGAUGAUGUCGAUGUGGAAGCCAUKAAUGCAUACAUAGACGGUUUACCAGAUGAUUUGAUCGUUCUCAUGGCUGUGGUCCWUCCUAACCAUCUYCAUGKMGUGGGCCACAUCCAUCUCCUUGGCUCCAGCUACAAUGAUGCUGAUGUUGAAGGCAAACAAUGGUGGGCGUUGAUCGGAUACAAGGGAACUCGUCAACCUUGGUUCAAAGAAGGCCUGGAAAGUACCGUAUCUGUUACACGAAGUGUUACCACAUACACACUAUAUCAAUCGAAUGAUAAGGGACAGAGAAUGAUCGAGUGCUAUCCCAAGUGCCUUUGCCUAGUUAUUAUUGUUUACUUAGGUUUUAACGGGUUUUUAUGCUUCUUUUUUUUUGUAAUUAUAUCUUCUACUACUACUACUACUACUAAUACUAAGUGAUUGCUUUAUAAUGUAUAGAAGACAUCUUCGACUAAAUAUUUGGCAAAUUAAGGUAGCACGUUUUAGGAUCUGUACUAGCUCCAAAGUACUCCAGGUUUUUGGAAAUAUAUCUCUCAAUUUCUUAGAAACACUCAGUAGAAAAUAGAUCAUGUUAGAAAGUAUGACAUACACUCUACUUGAGUAAAAUUGAUUUUUCCAAUUUCAAAAAUAUAUGUCAGUUGCUUAAAUAAAAUUUCACCUAAAUCAAUCAUUGAAAUUGGGCGCCUAUUUUGGACAAUAUAUUGUUUUGAUGUCGUUGCUCCAACAUCUAAGAGCUUUCAAAACACUUGCUUGAAAUUUUUAAUAUGGGAAAUUUUUAAUGGAAUCCAAACAGACUACCGACCAGUUGAUAAAAGUGAAUGAGUCAGUAAACUAGUUUGAAAGAUCUUAUCAACCAAUCAAUUCAACCAAGUCCAGACUCUCGCCAAACCAACUCUAUCACUCCUGUUACUAGUACUAUAAAGAUCUACGUUCACAAAAGCAUACAGUGCACUCCGCGUAUAAGCUUGGACCAUGAAUAUCUAAUGUUUAUUAACUAUUCAUUACUAUUUCUAUAAUAUUAUAUUGACUAAUAUUAAUAUUUGUAAAAGGACAAUUCAGAAUAUAAUCUGAAGCUAGUUGCACGUUCUUGUUGAUUCAGGGAAUACCAUUAAUUCAGUUUCGCAAAACAACUGACUAAUAAACAAUCCACACAAACUAGUUCAGGGUUAAACAAUGUGUAAAACAGAGUUUCGUUAGAACGAAUAAGGGAUUUCUAUUGUUUGCUGUAAUUUAAUUUUAAAUCUAAGAAGUUCUUCAUUUGAUCAAAUAAAAUGAUUGCAGGAAAAUGAAUGGAUUGAAAUUCGAUUAGCGUCCGAAAACGCGUACACAGGGUCCAGCGUCAUGAUAUGUCUUCAGUCUAUCCUCCUCUAUCCCAUGGAUUUUCUCAGCGCCACAUUUUUUGCUUCAUAAGCCUUUAAAGCUCGCAAGCACGCAAAUGCUCGAGUUAUUCGUGUACGCUGGAAGAUAGAUCUUCCAAUGUGGAUGGCUGCCAGGCGUUGAGUUCUUCACAUACGACAACAAAUGAAAUACCCACGAGGUAGUCUUUUUAGACACUGCGUUAACUUCACCAGUUCAUGAGGUGCUCAGAUGUCAACAGCAGUAGUGUCGUAAGUCUAAAAUCAACUGCUUAAGCGUUAACAAAGCCAGGGGUUCCAGGGUUGCAGGCGCGCGGUUUCAGGGGUUCCAGGAAUUUGUAAUUCAGAAUUAGCUUAACUUUCAUUGUACAGCAGCAUGUUUUGAAUGUGAUGUUUUCCC